AUGACGCUUGAUUUCGAUCAAGUAGCUCCGUUCCCAGAGGUACAACCUGAUAAUGAAAUGUAUGCAGCCGCUCUAAGGUUCAAGCCGCAGCUUCACAUCAGUAAUGGAUGCCACCCAUAUCCCGCUGUCAAUAAACAUGGCGACACCAGUGAUGGCCUCAGUGUCUGGAGAAUUUUUACUACGUGCAAGGGAUCCCCGCUGGGAUCUCAAAUCUAUGGACGAAUGGUAGAACAAGGCGGUCACUUCGUUAUCCUGUAUGCGUUGUUUUUUCCAAGAGACCGCAUGGUAUCGCUACCGUGGUUUGGCCACCACAGCGGCUGGGAGCAUUUGUUUGUGCGGCUGAGCGAUUUUACUUCUAAUGCUGAGCUUCUUUCGGUGACGGUGAAGACCCAGAUUGGGUAUACUACCUACGGUCCUCAUGAAGCGCAAUACAUGGACGGUGACCACUUCAAGGUCAAGUACACGUGGCUAGUACAUUCUCAGCAUUUCCUCAAAGCUACGACAAAACCUGGAGAGUUUCAAGAUUUAAUUAUGUGGAGCAACAUGACGAAGGAAGCGCAAGAUGCAUUGGAACAUACGAAAUUUUUUGGGUCCAAGUCACCGCUGAGUACAAAGAAGUUCCAUCGUCUUGUUGCAAAAGCCCUUAAACAUUAG